CGCAGUGAUGGCGGUGUGGGUGUCCGCGGGUGGUUGUGGUCUCUUGUCGCCAAUUAGGGGACGGCUCCGGGCCGGGUGGGCCGCGGUUCUGGCGUGGAGGGUCCCGUUGCGGGCCGCAGGCACCGGGCCGGUGUAUGAUGUGGUGGUGUCGGGCGGGGGGAUGGUCGGGAGCGCUAUGGCCGCGGCGCUGGGACAUGAUGUCCACUUCAGUGAGAAGAAAAUCCUGUUACUGGAAGCUGGUCCUAGGAAAGUGUCUCGCCGUUUGCCUGAGAGUUACAGUAACAGAGUCAGUUCCAUCUCCCCUGGUUCAGCCACCCUUCUGAGCAGUUUUGGUGCCUGGGAUCAUGUCUGCAGCCUGCGAUUCAAACCCUUCCGGCGGAUGCAGGUAUGGGAUGCCUGUUCAGAAGCCAUGAUAAUCUUUGAUAAAAACAACUUAGAAGACAUGGGUUAUGUAGUGGAGAACAAUGUCAUUAUGUCUGCUCUAACCAAACAGUUAGAUGCAGUGUCAGAUCGGGUGGAGGUUCUCUACAGGAGCAGAGCAGUCGGGUAUACCUGGCCCCUUACCUGUCAUCUCUCUGACACAAGCCCUUGGGUCAAAAUUGACUUAGCUGAUGGACGCAGACUGGAGACCAAACUGCUGAUUGGUGCAGAUGGUCAGAACUCCAUGGUCCGGAAAGCAGCUGGAAUUCAGAACAUCCACUAUCAAUAUGAUCAGUCAGCUGUGGUUGCUACUCUGCACUUGUCUGAGGCCACAGACAACAAUGUAGCAUGGCAGAGAUUCCUCCCUUCAGGGCCAAUUGCUCUUCUCCCGCUCUCUGAAACUGCCAGCUCUUUGGUUUGGUCCACAUCUCAUGAACAUGCAUCACAGCUUCUUAGUAUGGAUGAAGAAAGCUUUGUGGACACCAUCAACUCUGCCUUUUGGAGCAACCUACACCACUCGGACUUUAUUGAUACUGCUGGAUCCGUGUUCCGAUCUGCUAUUUCUCUCCUGAUGCCAUCAGGCACUGCAGCCCGCCAGCUGCCCCCAAGCAUCGCCAGAGUGGAGCCAAAGAGCCGAGCUGUGUUUCCUCUUGGAAUGGGCCAUGCCACAGAAUAUGUCCGGCACCGGAUGGCACUUAUUGGGGAUGCAGCACACAGAGUCCAUCCACUAGCAGGACAAGGUGUAAAUAUGGGCUUUGGAGAUAUUGCAUGCUUGACACAUCACCUCAGCACAGCGGCCUUCAAUGGGAAGGAUCUGGGCUCCAUAAAGCACCUCUUACAGUUUGAGACAGAACGUCAGAGGCAUAACCUCUCUUUAAUGGCUGCCAUCGACGUGUUAAAGAGACUCUACUCCACAAGUGUCGCUCCCUUUGUGCUGUUGAGGACAUGGGGAUUACAAACAACAAAUGCUUUGUCUCCAGUCAAAGUAAGAGGCACCGUUAGGACACUACAAACUAACUUGUGAUGAUACAGUGAGCUGAGUCACUAGCAGAUUCAGCAGGAAUGACAUGCUGUGUUCAAAUGGCAUGUGAAUGAGGCAGUCCAAAGAUGGCUUGAGUGGUCUUCACUUCUGUGCCAUUUGUUAAUGAUUCUACCUUGGCUACAGUGUGGGUCUCUUCCUAUAGCCCAGAGAGGGCUACCUGAAGAGAAGUGGCAGUAACAGUGUUAUCCCUAAAGAUUCAUUAUUAUUAUUUUUUUUCCUGAGGCCCAGAUGCCAGUGUGACCCACUUCCUCAUAGCCAGAUGACCUGACCUAGUUGCAGUGCUUUUAUGGUGAGCCAUCUCUUAGGCAAACCACCUAUCAUCAGCACAGCUCCCUCUAAUCCAGCAACCCUCACUUUGAGUUUCUCAGUUUUUGAUUUGUUUGACCCUGACUGUAUGUAACUCCUUGAGAUAUGUUGCAGAUGGUCAGAAGCCGACUAUUCUGAACAGCACUCACUUAGGAAUGAGCAGUCUCCCAAGGCUCAGUGGCUGCCAGUGGAGAGUAAUGUGCAGUGUUCUGCACGAAUGCUUUGACUACCUUGAAAAUGCUUUUAUCUGACCAGAAAGGAGAUAGGGGCUUUUCAUUUGUUUUUUCUCUUUCUAGCAACAAGUGGAGUGGGUCAGCCCUCGGUGCUGGGCUGCUCAGGAAGGACAGUAAAGUGCUCCACUUGUCUUCCCUGUGUCUGCUGGAAAAUUAGGCCAUGUUGAAUCCCUCUGCCUUCCUUUCCUUAGACAAGAAGAGAGAUGGUAUCCAGUGGGGUAGAGGGAAGGAGGAUGCAGCAGCUUUCUCUGCUUUGUUUCUAAAUAUUUGUGUCUCACUGGUUCACAAGUGACUCAUUUUUUCCCCUUUCCCUCUCUAGGAGCAGAUUAUGUCCUUUGCCAGUAAGUAAGUUCUCCAUGUGUCUAGAGCUGCAGUUCACCAGUGACUGCUGGGAACCUGAGAUCUUUAACCCUGUGAGGACUAUAUCAUGUCUGGUUUGGAAACAUGUAUUUAAAUAGUAUCUUUGAAGAAUAACAAUAAAAACAGGAAUGAAUUUUUUUUUUUUACAACCUAUGCUCAUCUUUGCUCUGCCCUCCUUUGAGGACCAACUCCUGUCCUGUGGCACCAGUAGUUUCAGCCACUGAAUCAUCUUUGCUAUGUGCUUUCAUAUAGAAGUGGUCCUUUUAGCCUAAGGUUGAAGAGGCAGUAAAUGUACUGUUUUCCCUACACCUUGCUGCACUGUGGUGCUCUCCCUCUGGGUUGUCAGCCUCCAGCUGCUGAAGCAAGAUCUGGUGCCAGAGGUGAGUGUGGUUUGCAGCAGGGAAGCCAAUUCAAGGUAAGACUGGCUCUGUAAGCCUGAGCCUGUCUCCUCGUCCCCAAACAACCCCCUCUUGGGAGGGCCAAGGGGUGUCUAAUGGAGGGCCCUUCUCAGGAAACUGGCUAGUCUUGAGAAU